AUGGAACAUUCCGCUCUUUACGAUGAAAGACUGCGUCAUGUCGACAUCAAGCGAUGGACACUUGUUCCAAUACCAAACGACCUCGCUAUUCGCGUCAUAUCACACUAUUUCGACGUUUACUACGUGGAAGUCCCACUAUUCAAUGACGACCUCUUCAUCAAAGACCUUGUUGAAGUAAAUCGCCACUUUUGCUCCUCCCUUCUUGUCAACUCUCUGCUGGCUUUCGGAUGUAAAUGCUAUUCACCUUUCGACACUAAUGCAUCGGCAUGGGCCGAUAGGUUCCAUCUUCAGGCUGACCGAGAGCUUGCCAGAGGAUCGCCGUCUAAUACGCUUACCACCGUCGUUGCUCUACUUCUCAUUGGUGUUAGUAACGUGCUAGAUGGCAAAGAUAAGGAGGGCUUACAGUUUCAACGAGAGUGCGUAAAGGUCGGCAAGCUUAUGGGACUGUUUGGUGUGAAAACCUCAGAGAGCUCGGCAAUGUCAUGGCUAACUGGCUAUGACGACUGGACUCGAGCUGCAUCUUACACGGCCUGGGGCGUGUUCAACUGGGUAUCGUGCAUGUCGUUACACUUUCACAUCUGUGAAAUCGAUGAAGCACCGCUUCUCCCCAAACCCCGAGACCUUCUUGCAGAAACCCAGCCACGAAGUCUCAAAGCCAUGCGAGCUGCUCGUCAUGCCGAGAUUCUAAGCAAGUCCGGAGAGUUUUGGGACAUAGUCAAAGGUUUCCUCGUGCAAUACUACGUCGAAAUGAGAGCAGAUCCAGCAGCUCCCGGAUUCCAAGACUUUGCCGAAGCAAAGUAUACACAACUACUUCAUUGGGCAAGCAGCCUCCCACCUGAGCUUGAAAGAACAGAUGCCAGCGACCACGAUGUCGUCACGAUGCAUAUAUACUUCCACACAGUCAUCACAGAUGUGUUCCGCCCCUUAAUUACUUCCCCUUCCCUCAGCUCACGUGUCCGCUUCGACAUCGGCCCCUUCACCAGCGCAGAAGCAAUCUAUGCUGCAUCAAUCAACCAGCUUAAGCGCCUUUGCAUCAUGCUCCGUCUCAAAUACCCUGUAGCCAGGUUCUCCCUGAUAUGGCAUGUCCCGGUAAUUUACCUGGCAAACGCCAUUUUCCAAGAAAGCGAGACGGUUGCUAGCUUGCGGUGCAUAGAACAGCGUUUCUACCUGGACUUGAUUCUAGCAGGUCUUUCGGAUCUUUGUGUGGGCUUCGCCGUCUCUGGAAUCAUGGCUCGAGCAGUGGUGUACAUGGCGCUUCAAAACGGUGCCAUUCAGCCGGCAAGGGCGAACCGUGUACUGAAGAAGCUCAAGGAAAUAGACGCUGCUCGAGAGGCUGCUCGGAGUACGUCCAGAGUGAACAGGAAGAUCGACUGGUUUAUGGACCUCAAUCUGGCAAUGACAGAUGUCAAGUCGGCAAGGGCGGAGGCCAUGAUAGACCAACUUGAGAGCCUAAUACUGUCCGGUGACCCUUCAGUCGAGGAGUCAGACAAGGAAGGCAGAUCAGAAUGA